AUGGCGACCACCAAGGCUGCCCAUGGCCUGAGCCAGGACACAAUAUUGGUUCUGAUGCCAUGUGACCCUAUAAAGGACUUCACCGAUCGCCUCGAGGCCAAGUUUCCAGGAGUCACGAUCCGCUGGCAGAAUACAAAAGUGGCAUCAGGCCUCUUGAUGACGAAAGACAUGCCUGCCGAGUUGUUUGACGGGGUCACCAUCGUGUGUGCUUUUCAGAUUCCCGAUGCAUCGCUGGUGCCGAAGCUGCGCUUUGUACAAUUGACGUCGGCGGGAGCCGACCAGUGCGCCGAGAACGCCCAUUACAAGAACCCAGAUAUCCCCUUUUGCACGUCCAAUGGUGCUCAUCCACCGCAAAUCGCCGAAUGGGUCAUUGGGAGUUGGCUGUCUCACCAGCACCAAUUUCCCAAGUUCCGCGAUUACAUGAAGGAUGGCUAUUGGGAGCCUCCAUAUCAAACCCGCGUUCAAGACUCACCUGGCCUUCGCAUGGGGGUUCUAGGCUAUGGCGCUAUUGGGCGGCAGUGUGCCAAUCUCGCGCGAGCUCUGGGGAUGGAUGUCGUGGCUUUCACCAUGCGUGAGAGGCCGACGCCAGAGUCCCGGAAAGAUGAUAGUUACUGCGUACCAGGGACUGGUGAUCCGGACGGAGUCGUCCCAUCCAAGUGGUUUCACGGAACGACUAAGGCAGCGUUGAAUGAGUUCUUGGCCCAGGACCUGGAUCUCUUGGUCAUUUGUCUUCCACUGACAGCGUUGACGCGUAACAUGAUUUCGAGGGAGCAGUUUGAGAUCCUGGCGAAGAGGCAGGCCUUUCUGUCUAACGUCGGCCGCGGCGGGCAUGUGAAUACCAAGGAUUUGAUUGAAGCUCUGGAGCAGGGACUGAUUCGUGGGGCUGCUCUGGAUGUCACUGAGCCCGAGCCGCUGCCGAAAGACCAUCCACUGUGGAAGGCCCCGAAUCUGUUGAUCACUCCUCAUGUGAGCUGGGUCUGUGGUGACAUUACGAGGCGGAUCCUUCAGAUCUUCGAGCAGAACUUGACAGCUCUGAGUAGCGGCACGCCAUUUGUGAAUCAGGUCAACAAAGAGCAUCAUUAUUAG